AAGACCAGGAGGAGUUUAACUCCUCGGACCUCCCCCCUGCUCACCAGGCGGCGGCCGAUGGGUACAUAGAUACACUCACAGAAGUCGUACAGAAGGACCCCAGUUUGCUAGAGCAGUACAGUCUUGACGGUUUGACUCCCUUGGGCCAGGCUGUCCUGUGCCAACAACUGGACGCAGUGAAAAGACUCAUCAAACUGGGGGCGAACAUUGAUGCUCAGGACAAUGUCGGAAGAACUUGCCUCUCCAUAGCUGCUUAUCAGGGCUGGCACCAAGGUGUCAUGUGUCUACUGCGUAACGGCGCCAAGCAGAGCAUAUGUGACAAGUCUGGUCGAUACCCGCUUCACGCAGCCACCUACCACAGUGAUAUGAGCACGCUGUCUCUGCUGCUAAACGGUUUGACCAGCAAGGAGAUCAACUUAGCCGACCAUGAGCUGAUGACGGCCGUCCACUGGGCAGCCUUCCACGACCGGCCGGAGCAUCUGCUGAUUCUUGUCCAGAAAGGAGGGGACAUCUUGUCUCGUGACGUCGACGGGAAGUUACCGCUACACUGGGCAGCUCAGAACAACAGUUUCCAGUGCGCACAUCGCCUGACCAGUCUAACAGAAGGCCUGGCCACGGUGAAUGACCUUGACUUCAGCGGCAAAUCUCCAGCCCACUAUGCGGCAGCGUCCGGUGCUUCGAAUAUCUUAAAGAUUUUGUCUCGAUGUGAAGGCUGCAACUUGGAAAUCGAAGACCCUGAUGAAAGGACACCUUUGCAUUGGGCAGCUGCGAUGGGUCACGGCAAAGCAGUAGAAACGCUGCUGAAUUUGGGUGUAGACCCCUUCCCUAUGGACGUGGACGGGGGAACGCCCUUGGAGUAUGCGCUUCAAGCAGGAAACAAAGAAUGUGUUAAGGCUAUGGAAGAUUGCAUUGGAACGCCAGAAGUCAAGCUUCGUACAGAAUCCAAAGAGAACUCAAAAAUUAAGCAAAUGAGACCAGAGCAUCGCUACCACUUCCGAAAACCUAAAUCAACAGAGGACGCGCAGAGUGUGGAGGUUCCAGAUAUUGAAGUCCAACCCCCGACGACUGUGACGAAAUCAAACUCCAACCGCACGGUGAAGACAGUUCCGGACAUGGUUCCCAGGAUGUACUCAGCGUCUUCAACAGACACUGACGCUUAUGACUUCCAACCACCUGUAACCGUGAGAGACUUGCGGUACGAAGACGAACACCACUCGUCAGAAGAUGAAGUUAAAAAUGACAAAACACCAGAGAAAAAACCAUCUGAAACCCGACCAACACAUUCGAAAGAACGCCGCGAUUCUCACGAUAAAAAACAGGAGUCUGCUAUAGCUAGUUUGAUUGGUUCGUCCUUCAUGGCUGGAGCUCGUGCCCCAAUUCUUCACCCGUCCCCAAAAGCGUCAGCUUUUCCUCUGGAAAAUUUGAGAAUAGAAGAAGACGAGUACGUGCCAACGAGUGCUGCCCCUGAUGGAACAGAGGCCAACAAAUGGGCACGAUCUGUCAAAGUGGGGAUCAACAGCGGAGACAAGAGCGGUCGACAGAAUUCAGAUAUGAAGGUGAUGACGUCAACAAACACACCGGAUCUUCAGCGAGUCUCUGUACAAAGCUUCCGUUCGAUCCCGCCGAUCCCGAGCAAUCCAGAGGGAGCUGUUUCGCCCAGGGGCAGCGGUCGUAACAUUCCAAACCCAAAGCUUAAAGGGGCAAGAUUCACACCGCUUCCUGGAAUUAGCACCGAAGGAAAAUCCCAGUUGUCGCCCUUGGUCCAAGCGUCGGAAGGUUGCACACCGACUUCUGAACCUGUAUCCUACCGAGACCCCAGCGGCUCUCUCGCUCCACUCAAAGCGGCACCGCUCAGAGUUAAAGCUUCUCCAGGCCCAGACACCACGCAUGUGCAAAACGACCACAUCCCGCCUCCGCUAGAUUUCAUGACAGAAAACGUAUCUGAAACAAGGGUUCUAACAAAGCAAUGGCGGGAAUCUUUGCUGAAACUCCACAACCGUGGCGAAGUACCAAAGCAAGUCAACUCCUGGGCCGGUGGGACAGCGUCCACUGGAAAUAAAACAACAACUAAACCUUCAAGAUCGAAGGAUCAGAAGGGUAGUAAACUUCCAGAGGGUCAACAGGCAGCCCCCUCCAACCUUAUGAAACAUUCCAGGAUUCCGAGUACCCUCGUCCACGGCGGUGACGUGGCGAAUGACUUGUCAGCGCUCGCUCUAACUGAUGGGUCAAAGACGAGAGGGAGGAAAGCGACGAAAGGUAAAACGAAAUCACGCUCGAAAAAGACUCGCACUCAACUUCAUGUGGAGGAGAACAAUGGCAGCUGCAGCGUGGAACUUCCGUAUGCAUACGAUAAAUAUCUGAGGGAAGACGAUGAGCAUGCGCCUUUGUCACCCACUCCCCUCCAGUCAAAUCCUGCAACGUACAGAGCGGGGGGACUGAGGUCAUCUCGGAAACCAGUGACAGACACUCAAAACUCUUUAAGGUCAUCUCGAAAACCUACUACGGACGUUCAGAGCUCAUUAAUGACGAGGGCAAAUUAUCGUCACCCGUCUGUGCGAGCCAAUGACACUGUUAACGUUCAAGAACAAAUGCAAAGUCAGAAUAGCCACAAGACACCACAGGUAUCUUCACACACCAAACCUGUGAGUAUCGUAGCCAGCGGGAAACCACAGCACAUGACCCGGCCAAAGCCUCAAGUACGGGUACAAAUGAUCAAAUGACACGCUCGAGCAAUUCUAGCUAAGCUCUGAACUUUCCAGGUCUUGGAAAAAGUUUCCUCCCAGGACUCUUUCUCUUUAUUUGUCCUUUCGAAUGUCGACUUGCUGUCACAAAGACUUGAUGUUUCUGUGUAAUGAUGCGUUUAUUAUACAUGAAAUGAAAAGCGCCCAAGCUUUUAUUCACAUUUUAGUAUGCGGAUACAUACAUCCCCUUCACCCCUCCCUUUCUAUGAGUGACUGCAAUAAUAUUUUUCAGUCUGUUUUCUAGAGGGGAUAAGGAAUGAUGGCUCUAAACAAAACCGAGUUGAAUCAUUGAAAAAUGUAAAGAGCCUCUGGAACUUGUUAACUUACAAUUCUGGUAUCCAGACAGCUUGUGAGAGUUAUUACGUAUCUGUAUGAAUGUGUUUAAUUGCCUUUUACUUGCAGUUGACCCUCUGAGACCUAGUUCUUAAGCCAGAAAUGUUCGUCUCAAUUAUAUAUUAUGCAAGCAUCUUUAAAGUUUAUGUAAGCGUUCGCAGGUCUCGAAAGUGGUUCUUACUUCUUGCCCGAUUUCCUCUGGACGAACCUGGUAGUCCAUGCGCCAGCUAUGCAACGAGAGCCAAAGUUAAUGUAAACUUGCUUGAUUAUAAUUGGUCAGCACCAUGGCUAUACACUGUCAGUUUAUUUCAACUAACUCCGUCUCAUU